CAGCUCAAAAGGCACCCACUUCAGUACUCGUUCUAGCUCCAUCACUAGCACCAAUUAGUCCACCUACUCUCUUCUGAAGAUGGCAACCAUGGCUCUCUCUUCUCCCACCCUCGCAGGCAGGGCUGUCAACAUUGCUCCAUCUUCCUCUGAGCUUCUUGGUGAUGGCCGUGUCACAAUGAGAAAGUCCGUUCCAAAGCCCAAACCCGUCUCCUCCGGUAGCCCCUGGUAUGGUCCAGACCGUGUUAAGUACCUCGGCCCCCUUUCCGGUGAAGCUCCUUCCUACCUCACCGGUGAAUUCCCCGGUGACUAUGGCUGGGACACUGCUGGUCUCUCUGCUGACCCAGAGACCUUUGCCAAGAACAGGGAGCUCGAAGUGAUCCAUGCCAGGUGGGCCAUGUUGGGGGCACUUGGGUGUGUCUUCCCCGAGUUGCUUGCUAGGAACGGAGUCAAGUUCGGCGAGGCUGUCUGGUUCAAAGCCGGUGCACAGAUCUUCAGUGAGGGAGGACUUGACUACUUGGGCAACCCCAGCUUGAUCCAUGCUCAGAGCAUCCUGGCCAUCUGGGCUACACAGGUCAUUCUCAUGGGUGCAGUAGAGGGGUACCGCGUUGCCGGUGGACCGCUUGGCGAGGUGACUGACCCACUGUACCCAGGUGGUAGCUUCGACCCACUGGGUCUGGCUGACGAUCCUGAAGCAUUUGCAGAGUUGAAGGUGAAGGAGAUCAAGAAUGGCCGGCUUGCCAUGUUCUCCAUGUUCGGAUUCUUCGUACAGGCCAUUGUGACAGGCAAGGGUCCUUUGGAGAACCUGGCGGACCACUUAGCCGACCCAGUCAACAACAACGCCUGGGCCUAUGCCACCAACUUUGUCCCCGGCAAGUGAGCUCUCUAAUUGGGGGAUACCCAUGUUUGUAACUACAUGAAAAUUAUUCUCUCCCCAAAGUGUGAAAUGAGUUCUGCUACUUAAAAAAUACCAUUUUUCUGAUCUAUGUUGACUGUUGUAUUUCAAAUAUUAGCCUUAUAGAGGAAUAUAAACGGUGAGGCAUACACCAGUCUAUUGUGUUUGUCUUCUAA